AUAUGAUGUAAUUAAUAAUAAUUAUAAUGAUAAUUAGUAUUACAAUUAAAGUGAUGAUUAUAUAAAUGUAUAAUAUGAUUGAUAUACCUUUAUUGUAUUAUAAAAAUGUAUAUACAAAUUUCCCAUCAAAUUAUAAAAAAAUUUUAUUUAAGCUAUUUCGAUAACAUAAUAAUGUAUCAAAAUAAUUAAUUGCAAAUUUAAUUAAAUGUAGUAGUAAUAACAAUAAUAAUUUAAAUAGACUCGAAACUGAAAACUUGAAUAUAUCAACAAAUAAAUUAUUGAUAAUUUCAUAGUUUAUUAAAUUUUUUUUUUAUACAAUGAAAUAAUUAUAAUAAAUAUUAAUUUACAAAUGAAAUGGAUCGGGGAAUAUAUAAAAAUAAAAUUUUGCCAUCAAACAAUAUAAUAGAAACAUUAAUGAAAGUGUCACAGCUAAAUUCUUCAUCUUCCUCAUUAUCUAGCCGCUCAAACUAUUCUUUAUGUCUAAAUAACCAAAGCAUUAAUUAUCAAAAGUUACAUGAUAUAUCUCAUAAGUUGUCAACAGAAACUAAAUUUUCAAUUGAAAAUUUUAAAAAAUUAACAAAGAAUUAUAAUAUAGUAAAAGAUUCUGAAAAUGCUGUAAGAAGAAAAUUACAUGAGAAAUUAGUUCAAUUAGAAUGGAAUAAUUAUACUUAUAUUCAAUGGAAAAUACUAUUGACUUUUAGUUUAGGACUAUGGAUACUUCUUUGUAUAACAGAUAAAAUUUUUUUGCGAACAUCAGCACCAUCAUCAUGAAAGGAAGAAAAAAUUACAAAAAUACCAAAUAAUAUUCCUGAAACAAUGAAUUUAAAUUUAUCUAAUGAAAAUAAAUUUUUAAAAUGGGUUUAUACAUUUUAUCCAUGUAUUUCUCUUACAACUAUCGUUUCCAAUUUAACAGAUGCUUAUACGUUUGCUCUAUUUAUUGGAAUAUUUUUAUGUAUGGAAACAAGAUUAAAACAGAAAUUAAAAAAUACACGUCAUACUUGGACACAGUAUUGUAAUGAUUUAAUAAAAAUUAAAUCAUUAAAUUUUGAUGAUUGUAAUACAAAUAAAUUAGCAAUUGAAUUAUUCGACGGCAAAUCACAAAACAAGAGAGAUGACUUUAGUAAUUUAUCUGAAAAUAUAUCAAAUAAUAUUAAAAUUUUACCAGUUGAAAAAUUCAAAAUUGAAUUGGAUUUGUAUUGGCAAUUACAAAUGCUGGACAAUAUCAAUGAAAUCACACGCAACGUUGAAAAUACUGAUGAUAAUUAUUCAAAACAAUUGGAAAUAAUAAAUCAAGUUAAAAAAAUUGAUAAUGAAAGUAUUUACCAUUGGAAUAAAUUGAAUGAAAAUAAUAUAUGUUUAUAUCAUAAUAAAUCUUUAGUAUAUAAUUUUAAAUAUCCAUGGAAUUCUGUUAAUAAUGUUGAGUCUUAUGAUUUAGAAAUUGGUAAAUUUAUAAAUUAUUCAAAUAGUAAAACUAUAAUAUUUGACAAAUCUACUGAUACCCAAUUAGGUAAAUCAAAUUCUAUAAUUAAAUUUAAAAAACCAAAUGCUAAAAAAUCAAUAUCAGAAUUAAAUAAUAAUAAAAAUAACAGAUCAUUAAUAAAUAAAAUAAAAAAUAAUCGUAUCAUUAGUUCAUCACCGUUUGAAGAAGAUAGUUUGAAGAAAUCAAUUUAA